GUACUUAAGUACUAAAAUACUGUAUCUGUAUCUACUGGAGUAUUAUUUUUACUACACUACUGUACUUAAGUACUAAAAUACUGUAUCUGUAUCUACUGGAGUAUUAUUUUUACUUCACUACUGUACUUAAGUACUAAAAUGCUGUAUCUGUAUCUACUGGAGUAUUAUGUUGGUGUGUGUAGGUGCGCGUGUGUGUGCGUGUGGUUGUAAGUGCGCACCCGCGUGUGUGUGUGUGAGAGAGAGUGCGCAUGUGUCUUCUGAUUCACUCGUUUUACUGCCUAUUUUUUUUAUUGGCUUAUGCAGGCAAUGGGUGUAGACAAAUUAAAUGAGAAAGGAACAUUUUCAACAUGUUUUUGUUUAUAAAGAGUUAAGCUCAGUGUUUUAAGGUGCUAAUCAUUUGUUUUUACAUAAGAAACACUUGUAUCUGGCCUUUGACUUCUUUAGUUUAUUUUACAACAGUGAUAAACCAACUAGUCACCUUUUUUAUGCUGAUUUGGUUAAAAUAUCCAAAUUUCUUGUUGUCAGUUGUGUUUAGCUUCUCUAUUGGCAGAUUUGUUUAGAGAGUUAAUGGAACAUUCCGUGUACAUGAACUCUAUCCUGUUCAUUCCCAAUACUUGUACUUUACUUUCAGUAUUUGAGUCGAACAUUUUAGAAUGAACUACUUGCAGUACUUAAGUACAAAAAAUGUUGACUACUUUAGUACGUAUAGUUCUUAAAGAACACUUCUACUCAAGACACUUGUACUUGUACUUUUACUCAAGCAUGGGUCUCUAGUACUUUAUAUAUGUCUGCUUGUGCACAAUCGACUGCUGACUAAUGUUUGUUUGUUUUUUAGUAUGGACGUGGGAGGCGAGGGCCUACAUGGCGUAGGAGCUCAUGGGUUUUUGGCAUGCUGGAGGUGAAGCAUUCAAGAAGGCGCCCCAUUUUAAAACUUGUGAAAAAUCGUUCCAGGAGGUGUUUGUUGCCAAUUAUAAGGAACAGCAACAACAGGAGACCGUGCCAUUGGAUGAGAGUACUGAAGCUCAGGUUACAAAUCAGGCUCUUCAAGAAUGGAGACAAGUACGUGCCCAGCAAGAUGAGGAAUAUCUUGCAAGUUUGUUGAUGGAUCAGGAGAAGGAGUUGAAGGAACGAGCCUAUCAGGCCUGUGAGGAAAGACAUCAAAAGGUGAACUGUUAUGAACUGUUACGAACUGUUGUGAACUGUUAGUUUGAACCCGCUGUGUGUGUUUGUGUGUAUGUGUAACUUCUAAUGAGCGAAAUCACAUUUCACAUUAUUGAGGCAAGACGUCAGCGAGUGUAUGCAUAUGAGGAACCCUCCGAUGGCACAUUGCUCAAAUUUAAAUAUCCCGAUGGACACAUCCAUAUGAAGAAAUUCAUCUUGUCAGAGCCAGUUCAGAUGUUGUUUGACUUUGUGGGACAAGAUGAUAUUGCCAGUGAGAUUUUUGUGGUGCAGGACCCCAUAUCAUCAAAAUCUAUUGAGAGCCGUUCCACCGGGUCAAUAAUAGAUCAUGGCAUAACGGCAUCCUCAACUUUGUAUGUGCUUUGGCUUUCAAAUUUGGACGUACAGGAAAUUCUCUCAAAUCAACAAAAUGUCGUACACCAUACAUCUCAUGGUCAGCCACCACCGUCACUGAUGUCCGUCCACUCACCGCUGUCAGAACUGCCCGCCCGCUCACCACGGUCAGAGCUGUCCAGCCAAGCACCACUGGCAGAGCCACCACUCCCUCUGUUUCCACAAUCGCAAGAAUUUCUAAAUCUUUGCGAUGAACCAUCAUUACAGACAUCAUCUGCCGAGGACCCAAUUAUUGUUCUUGAUGAAGACGAAACAGCCUCACCAACUCACCUUCAAGGACCUGUGGAUGAGAUUGAUCUGCAGACCAUACUCAAAAAAGUUGGCCACCAGAGUUGAUGACACCUGCCCAACAAGUAACCAAAUCAAUGUUUGCAGAAAUAGUGUUUUAAUGUGUAGCCUGCGGGCAUUCAAGCAUCGGCUCUUCGACCCAGAAGCGAAGUUGGAUGUUGUGUUUGUUGGUGAAGAUAAACAGUGCUGAAGGUGCGAUUGAUGAUGGCGGCCCAACAAGAGAGUAUUUAAGGCUGUUGAGGAAGGCUAUCCACGACUCUAAUAUUUUUGAGGGACGUGAGGGAGAGCGACAGUUGUCCCUUGAUACUCAAGCUCUGCAGAAUAAACUGUACAUGUGGGUGGGAAAAAUGGUUGCGGUCUGUGUGAUCCACGGAGGAGUUGGCCCACACUUCUUUUCUGAAAGGCUGUUCCUCCAAAUAUGUGGGAAACAAACAACCCCGGCCACUGUGGAUGAAGUUGGUGACCACACUUUCAGGGAACAGCUAAUUAAGAUACAGCAAGCAGCGACUGUGCAAGAAGCGAACUUUGCAAUUGGAGAGGCAGCUGACAGCAUGAGGAUUUUAGGUUCCUUGAAAUACGUGUCCAGCAUAGAGCAGAGGGACGCCCUUGUCCAGUCAGCUGCAGAAUACUUCCUCAACGGGAGAUUGGCGACUGCCCUGGACCAGUUUCGGGACGGGUUAAAAACCCUUGGGCUACUGGAUGAACUGCGAGACAAUCCUGAUGUUUUCUACAGCAUGUUUGUUGCUGACGACCCUCCACUACUGGCAAAGGACCUCUCCAGCUUGUUUAAAGUCGACUUCUCUGUGCAGCGCAGCAACGACAGAAAAAAGGAAAACACGACUAUAUGCUACUGGCGUGACUGGAUGAUUGACACUGAAGAACACCUUUGGGAUGAAUUUGAGCAGAGACUGAGGCAGGCCUUCUCAACCAACAUCAGUGUGUGAUGUCAUCAAUGCACUUUUGGAAGAAUGGUCAAAAACUCGUAUAAACGCACUCCUCAACCUUGUGGACAGCCUUCCCAGAUGAGUUGAAGCUGUAAUAGCUGCAAAAGGUGGACAGAUAUAAUUUUGAACCCUAUGGGUCAGGAAUGGGAUGGCAGUAAAGGCAGCAAGUUAGCGAGUACUUUUGGUAAUGUACUGUAUUUUAAGUAGAGGUUAAGAGCCCGACCCGACCCAUAUACUGUUACCAUGAGCCCGAACCCGAUUUAAACCCGACAUUUUUUAUUAAGUAGAGCGUUAAAAUGGAGCUUUUUAAAAACACUUUCGGGCCGUUUGAAUGAGCGAAAUCUGCAUUGUUACUAUCAACAACUAACCUCUGACUUUCCUUCACAUUGGGUCAAAUUUAGCUCACCUGAAGUCAUUUUUCUCCUCACUUCAGAAGGCUCCAUUUUCUUGGAGUUGUAGCUACAGCGCUGCAAGUCAAUGUGUAAUUUUAAGGGGCCCAAUUUACUGUUUCUCACCGCUUUUUUAAAAAGCUUUUUGUUACAGUUGGAGAGUGCAGUCCACUCACAAUGGAGAAUGUUUUAGAGUUUGCCUCAGGAGCCUCAAGAGUUCAUCCCCUUGGAUUUGGAGUACAACCACAAAUUAAAUUCCUCCAUGAGGGAACCGUAUAUUCCCAGAGACAAACACAUGUUCUCAGCCUGCCGCUCCACUCUUCGUACAAGGUCUUCAACAGCACAUGAUGGAUGGGAUUUUACAAGCGCCAACAUUUGGACAAGCAUGAUUUGAGUAUUGACACAAUGCCACACCAGAUGUGUCGACUGGAUUUAUAAAGUUCUGCCACCUUUAUUUUUUUAUUUAAUUUUUUUUUUUUUAUUGGAAGCUAGUCGUGACUUUUUUUGGCCAGGCUGUGGGGUUUGUCAUGGUGCUACACCGCUUGUGAAAUUAUUAGUCUAGUUGCUUGGAGGGUGUACCCGAACAUGUUAAGUCAUUAGCCAUACCCAUAGAAAAGUUACAUUUCCUUAUACACAUUUUUUUUAUGUUUAUAUACAGAAUUUUGCAAGCUCCAUUUGUCACUAAUGUGAUGGAGUACAAAAAUGAUUUGCAUGCAUCCAAGUCAUAGGCCACACCAAACAUCUGUUAUUUCACAAAAAGAAUGUUUUUGUUUGUUUGUUUGUUUAUAUUAUUAAAACGGUCAGGGUAAACUGUUUUACUGACUAUUAUUUAAUUUCUAUGAUUUGUUAUUUCCAUUAAUUAUUCAUGUGCAACACGAGGUGUAAUUUGAUGCCAAACACAGUAUUAUGUGUUUGUAUAUAAGGAGUUGUGCAUUGUAAUAAAUGUUGAUAAUAAAUAAUGAAAGAAAAUGUACUGUCAUUUAUUCGUCUUAUGUCACGGGGUGACAAUAGUCAGUGGUGAAGGUGGCAACUAAAAACGUUUUUAUUUUUUUCUCAAGUGAAGCUUUUAGGUGAUGGACUUAAACUGAGACUGGUGGUUUUAACGAAGAACUCUAAUAGACGAUUCUUUGGUUUUAAUAUGGACUAAUGAACUAAAUUGCGUGCAGGUGCAAAGCAGGCUAUCUAUAGACGUGAUUGGUGCCAAAAC